AUGGGUUCAGAAUGGUACUGUCAGAAGGAUGACUUGGCUAAACCCACUAAAAACAGCACAGCUGCAGUUAUACUGGUUGCAUCUGAUAUUAAACUAUCUUCAAAAUUCUGCUUCUUACUUACAAAGCUAACUUUGCUGGGACAAUUACCAGACUGUCUGAUUCAGAAACCUGACUUGUACGCUAGCCGCUUGGUUUAUGGAUUUAUUAAUACCUGUCUAAAAUCUUUGGUUAUUGAAAAAUUUGGAGAGGGGGCAUGGGAAAAGAUAAGAGACCAGGCUGGUGUUCAGGACAGCUUCAUGACCCAUGAAGUCUAUAAGGAUGUCAUCACAAUGAGACUGGUGGAUGAGACUUGCAAAUUUCUGGAAGUAACACCUGACAUUGUUCUGAAGCAGUUUGGGGAAUAUUUUUUUGAGUUUUGUAAGCUAUCUGGAUAUGAUAACAUGCUGCGAGCUCUUGGAGGGAAUCUUUAUGAGUUUAUUGAGAAUCUGGAUGCACUGCACAGAUACCUGUCUCUCUCCUAUCAGGAAAUGAAUGCCCCUUCUUUCAGAGUGGAGAAGAAGGACAAUGGUACUAUGCAUCUACACUACUACUCAGAUCGACGAGGAUUAAGCCAUAUUGUUCCAGGUAUUAUCAAAGCAGUGGCAACUGAUUUCUUCAACAGUGAGAUCACAAUGGAGAUUAUUCACCAGAUUGAAGAAGAGGAAAGGACAGGAAAAAAGGAACAUGUCGUCUUCCUCAUCACUCAGAAGCCAGAUUUUUCACUCAAGAGACCAAGCAAAUUAUCCAGUGCACCCCAGCACAGUGCAAACAUGACAAGCCAGUUGGAGAAACAGCUGAACAAAAAGGUCAUCCCAGGUAAUAAAAAGCAUUGGGAGACUGUGCGCAGCAUUGUGAAGCUGGGUAAAGGAAACUUACUCAGAGGAUUUGAGCCAGUAUACCCCGAGACACUCUGCAUAGAUAUCAACACCUUCUGUAAUAUUUUUCCUUUUCAUAUUGUAUUUGAUGAAGAGCUUGCAGUCAAACAGGCAGGUGUGAAUCUCCAAAAGAUUGUUCCUGGACUACAGACCAUAAGUAUUCGUCUUGAUCAAUACUUCACCAUUAUCCACCCAGAAGUGAAAUUCACCAUAUCUAGCGUGAGAAAAUUCAUCAACAGCCAGUUUGUCCUGAGAACCAAAAGAAAUAUGAUGCCAGAGUCUUGGAGGAACCGUCCAAUGCUGGAAUUAAGGGGUCAGAUGGUGUGGAUGGAGUCCCUGCACUUCAUGCUUUAUUUGGCUUCCCCUCUGCUCCGCAGCCUGCAUGAGCUGGAAGAGCGUCAAAUGCACAUUUCGGACAUUGCCCCGCAUGAUGUCACGAGGGACCUGAUCUUGCUUAACCAGCAGCGACUGGCAGAGAUGGAGCUGUCCAGCCAGCUAGAGAGGAAAAAAGAGGAACUGCGUAUCCUGUCAAAGAACCUGGAGGAAGAGAAGAAGAAGACCGAAACCCUUCUCUACGCCAUGCUUCCAAAACACGUGGCCAACCAGCUGAAGGAAGGCAAAAGAGUCGAGGCAGGAGAGUUUAAGGAGUGCACCAUUUUAUUCAGUGAUGUUGUCACAUUUACUAACAUCUGCUCGCAGUGUGAACCUAUCCAGAUUGUUUUCAUGCUGAACUCCAUGUACCUCAAGUUUGACCGGCUAACCACAGUGCACGAUGUGUACAAGGUGGAGACUAUUGGAGAUGCUUACAUGGUAGUUGGAGGUGUUCCUGUCCCCAUGGCUAGUCAUGCUGAACGAGUUGCCAACUUCGCUCUGGGAAUGAUCAUUGCAGCAAGAGGAGUAACAAAUCCUGUGACUGGAAGCUCGAUUCAAAUUAGGGUUGGAAUACACACUGGACCUGUUCUGGCUGGAGUUGUUGGGGAGAAGAUGCCACGAUAUUGUCUUUUUGGAGAUACAGUGAACACAGCUUCCAGAAUGGAAAGCCAUGGCGUGCCAAAUAAAAUCCAUCUCAGUACCAGUGCUUAUCAUGCUCUGAAAGGUAAAGGCUUUGAAAUCAUUGGUCGUGGUGAGAUUGAAGUAAAGGGCAAAGGAAAAAUGUGCACAUAUUUCCUGGUCAGGAAUCUUACAGUCAGUGAUAAUGAAAUAAUGGGCUGGCAGGUAAAGGAGCCUGAAUCGGGGCAAGAAUCAGUGCAGUCAUUACGAGACUGCUCAGAAGCACGCCAUUGUCAAGAUGCGCAAAGCUCCCCAAAUCAUGACAGACGCCCCACCAUUGCUAUGAAAUAUUUUGACAGUGCAACAAUCAAGGAUGAACUUUCCAGCAACAGCUACCCUCAGCUUAAAGACCUGGCAGGUAAGGCGCGUGAUUCAGAGAGCUACGGCAGUCUCCAUAGCAAUGAGAAGUCUGGAGAUGAUGCAUAUCAGCUUACGCAGGAGGCUGCUGAAAAAGCAGUUGCCAGGCCGUUUACCAGGGGAACAAGAGCCCGCCGCCACAGAUCCAGUUUCUGCCUUUUAGUGUGA